ACCCCGAAUUCUCCACACACCAAACUCCAAUUCCCCGGGCCCCGUCCACCUCUCUACGCUCUACGCUUAAGCUUAAGCAAAGCAGCAGCAAACACCGGCCAAAUCCAGCCGGAGAUCAGUAAGCUCGUGGAGAUGGAGGUGGAGGCGUUCCCGAUACGGUUCACGAGGGGCGUGCGCGCGCACUGGCGGCGCCGCAAGUACCAGCGCCUGGACUCCGCCUCCGGCGCCGGUGGCACCCGUAGCCAUGCCACGAAGCGCCUCGGCGGCGGCGGCGGCGGCAAUGGCGGCGCGCGGUGGGGGGUGCGGCUGAGGACGCUGCUGAGGCGCGUGCGCGUGGUGCGGGCGGCGCCGGGGCGGCUGCUGCGGCGGGUGCGGGACGCGUACGUGGGCGGCAUGCUGGGCGUGGCCAGGCGGGCGUCGGCCAUGGCGCUGCCGUCCGCCGGCGAGGCGCUGUGCGCCAAGCGCGUGCCGCGGCGGAAGCAGCUCGCGCUACCUUCGGCGGGUGGCCCGUCGGAGUUCGAGAAGAGGCUUGUUAUGGAGAUCUACAAGUCCAUCGUCGCCUCCAAGGAGCUCACCACCAUGCUCCACUCCUCCACCGCCCACCUCCCCGCCGCCCACACGCCACCGUCGGCAUCGGCAUAGAAACCCCAUCCCAAAGUUCCAAAAUGCAAAUUUUCUUCCAUUUCAAUGUGUACAUGUUGCUCUGAUCGGAAUUCUGAAGCGAGAUUUUCGAGUUCGUUAUUUACGCUCGCUUUACGUUCUCUAGCGCUAAUUGUUGUUACGAAGCAGAUCCAAGUACUGCUUCUUUGUUUGUUCGUGCCUUGUAAGCAAGGAAGGAAUCUUAAGUUGUUCAAUCCUCUAUGAGUACUUCAACUUGUAUUUUU